AUGCUUUUCUUCAGCUUCUUCAAGACCCUUACCAACCAGACGGUUACUAUCGAGCUUAAGAAUGAUAUCCGCAUCCGCGGAAUCCUGAAGUCGGUCGAUCAGUACCUGAACAUCAAGCUGGACGAUAUCGAAGUGCUGGACCUCGACAAGUACCCGCACUUGUCUUCUGUGAAGAACAUGUUCAUUCGUGGUAGUGUGGUGCGCUAUGUGAUGCUGCCCCGGUCGGAGGUUGACGUGGGUUUGUUGGAGGACGCUACAAGGCGAGAGGCUGCCAACCAGGCUGGCAAGGCCCGGUAA